GGGAUUUUACUAACGUUUCAUUUUAUUUUAAAGAGUUUAAUUUGGGAACUGACAAUCAAAUGACAGAAACGUUAUUGGGGUAAACACAAUUUGCGCAUGACAACCCCAUCCUUAGUACCGUACGAAAACUACACGACAUAGGACCCGCUUUACGUCCGCGCUAACAAAACUCGUUGAAAAUGCUUACAUCAAAAUGGUAGAGUCGCUACAAAUGUUCUUAUUCCUGUUUAAAUCUAAAUACAGACGAAAAUUCUCAUGGUUCUCUCCGUUCCUGUGUUCAGUACUCAUAGUGUUAUUGUUUUGCAAUGAUGCUCUCGCUAAGUGUAGUAACCAUAACUGCAUAAAUGGAGACUGUAAAAAUGAAACCUGUGUGUGUAAAGAGGGCUGGCAAGGUCCAGAAUGCCAGUACUGCGGAGGGAAAAUCAAUCUCACAGACACCUCCGGGGUUAUAACCGACGGCCCCGGCAACUACAGCGUGAGCACCCAAUGCACGUGGCUAGUGGCGCCCCCCCGCCUGGGUCCGUCCCCGCCGGUGGUCCGCAUCAGACUGGAGUCCUUCGCCACGGAGUGCGGGUGGGACCAUCUCUACGUGUAUGACGGAGACAGCGUGCGCGCUGUGAGGCUCCUCGCUAUUUAUAGUUUGGAUGACUGUCCGCUAGGUGGCGCUGUUUGCAAUUGUAUUAAAGCGUGGCUAGUGACGCCCCCCCGCCUGGGCCCGUCCCCGCCGGUGGUCCGCAUCAGACUGGAGUCCUUCGCCACGGAGUGCGGGUGGGACCAUCUCUACGUGUAUGACGGGGACAGCGUGCGCGCUGUGAGGCUCCUCGCUAUUUUUAGCGGUGUAAUGGAGCCAGGUGAAUCGGGUUGGACACGGCAAGUGAUCGCGCGCUCCGGCAGCGCCUUACUUCACUUCUUCUCUGAUGAUGCCUUCGCUAUGGAAGGGUUCAACGUCACUUAUGCUGCAUACUCCUGUCCUUCGGAUGACCAUAGGACCAAUUGUAGCAACCAUGGCGAAUGCGACGAAGGCACAUGUAGAUGCAAUCCGGGAUGGAUCGGAGUAGCGUGCGAUCAACCAAUUUGUCCAGAUAACUGCAACGAAGCUUACGGUGGCGGCACUUGCACCCCCAAAGGGUGCGUUUGCACCCCCCAACGUUCCGGGGCGGACUGCAGUCGAGACAUAUCCACUGCCGGCUGGAGGUGGUUGUGGAAGGAACCAGGAGAGGGGGUGGACGAAGAGGCCGCGCCGGCGGUGGCCGGGCAUGUGCUGGUGCAGAGGGGGGGAGAAAUAUUGAGGGUGGGGGGAGAGAGUUUUGGACAGGCUGACUUCCUUUAUAGGGGGGGUAUGUGCUGGUGCUUAGGGGUGGGGGGAGAGAGUUUUGGACAGGCUGACUUCCUUUAUAGAUAUAAAGUAGCAGAGAACAAAUGGGAGACCAUAGUGACUCUGGGCGAGACGCCGGCGCCGCGUUUCGCGCACUCCGCCGUGUUGUACGACGACGAACUUAUUGUGUACGGCGGCGUUGUCGCCUCCGACGACACGGAGAGGGGCGGCGAACUGGCAGGCCGAGAAGGGCGAGCUGGUGAAGUGACCAAUGAGGUGUGGCGGCUAAACCUGGCCGCACCCAUGCUGCAAUGGCUGAACGCCACCCCCACCAUAUGUGGGAACAGGCCUGCACCCAUGAAACAUUGUGUGACCAAUGAGGUGUGGCGGCUAAACUUGGCCGCACCCAUGCUGCAAUGGCUGAACGCCACCCCCACCAUAUGUGGGAACAGGCCUGCACCCAUGAAACAUUGUGGCGGGCUAGCCGUGUCGGGUCACACGGCGGUGGUGGUCCGCUACAACGACAAGCCGGUGAUGCUGGUCUUCUUCGGGCACUCGCCGCACUACGGCUAUCUCCACUUGGUACAGGAGUACCACAUAGAGGAGGGCGUGUGGGUGUCGGCCCCAACAGUGGGCUGGGCGGCUCGCGGGGGCUUCGGGCACUCGGCGGUGCUCGACCCGCUGUCUGACCGCGUGUUCGUGCACGGCGGUCUCGUGUCGCAGAGCGAGGCGGCGCAGUACCACAUAGAGGAGGGGGUGUGGGUGUCGGCCCCGACAGUGGGCUGGGCGGCCCGCGGGGGCUUCGGGCACUCGGCGGUGCUCGACCCGCUGUCUGACCGCGUGUUCGUGCACGGCGGUCUCGUGUCGCAGAGCGAGGCGGCGCAGUACCACAUAGAGGAGGGGGUGUGGGUGUCGGCCCCGACAGUGGGCUGGGCGGCCCGCGGGGGCUUCGGGCACUCGGCGGUGCUAGACCCGCUGUCUGACCGCGUGUUCGUGCACGGCGGUCUCGUGUCGCAGAGCGAGGCGGCGCAGUACCACAUAGAGGAGGGGGUGUGGGUGUCGGCCCCAACAGUGGGCUGGGCGGCUCGCGGGGGCUUCGGGCACUCGGCGGUGCUAGACCCGCUGUCUGACCGCGUGUUCGUGCACGGCGGUCUCGUGUCGCAGAGCGAGGCGGCGCAGUACCACAUAGAGGAGGGGGUGUGGGUGUCGGCCCCGACAGUGGGCUGGGCGGCCCGCGGGGGCUUCGGGCACUCGGCGGUGCUAGACCCGCUGUCUGACCGCGUGUUCGUGCACGGCGGUCUCGUGUCGCAGAGCGAGGCGGCGCAGUUGCGGUACCACAUAGAGGAGGGGGUGUGGGUGUCGGCCCCGACAGUGGGCUGGGCGGCCCGCGGGGGCUUCGGGCACUCGGCGGUGCUAGACCCGCUGUCUGACCGCGUGUUCGUGCACGGCGGUCUCGUGUCGCAGAGCGAGGCGGCGCAGGCGCCGUCAGCAGCUCUGUAUGAAUACGAGUACAAGAGACGAAUAUGGCGUCCGCUGCCCUCCGCGCCCACGCCUAGAUAUCUACAUUCCGCCAUUAUAUUAUCUCCAGGUAUUAUGCUAGUCUUCGGCGGUAACGCUCACAACGACAGUGCAGCGGCCGCAGUUAGUAACCCCGCCGGCUCCCAGUGUUACUCGGCCGGCGCUCUAUUGUAUGAUAUAAGGUGCGGGUCGUGGCGCACGGCGCCGCCGCCGGCGGGCGCGGCGCGCGCGGCGCACGCGGCGGCGCCGCUGCCCGGCGCGCGCAGCCCCACCGCCAUGUUCUACGGCGGUUUCGACGGCCGCCUCCGUUCGGACGCGCUUCUCUUCGAAGCGGGCUCUCCUUGUUCGUCCCACACGAACGAGCUAGCGUGCGUGACGAACGCGCAGCACGCGUGCCGUGCUUGCGCGUGGAACUCGCACGAACGCACAUGCGUGCCGUUGGAGACGGCCGGCUGGAACCAGUCCUUCGACGGGACGAUGAAGGCCUGCGUCAGCGAACCUGUCAGAGGGGGUAUUACUGCAAUGUUCUGCCGCUCAGCCAACAGUUGCGCGGCGUGUACGGCCGCUAAAUGCGCGUGGUGCGGCUCCUGUCAGCCAGAACCGCAGCUCUGCAGCCGACUCUGGCCUAAGAUGGCGCUGAUGGUAGACGAGUGCGCAAGCACAGGGGAGUUGGCCAGGGACGCUUGCGCGCGGUACCACUCGUGCGCCGCGUGCCACGCGCACCAGCAACACCACCACCACUUAUCUGUACAUUCGAGCUCAGAAGAACGGUCAUGCUAUUGGGACUACGAGUCCAUCAAAUGCAAGCCGGCUAACUCAUCUGACGACAUCAGGAGCGUGGCGUCGGCCGGUCCGUGCACGGCGCCGUGCGCGACGUUCCACACGUGCUCAAACUGCACGUCGGAGGAGUGCAUAUGGUGCGCUUCGACGGGACGAUGCGUUGAUAAGAACGCGUACGGCGCGUCGUUCCCGCUGGGCGGGUGCCGGCUGUGGUCGACGUCCAGCGUGUCGGGCGGCUGCGGCUUGAGCGCGGCGCGCUCGGGCUGCGCGCGGCACGUGUCGUGCGCCGCGUGCCGCGCCGAGCCCGCGUGCGGCUGGUGCGCCGACGCCGCCCGCCCGCCCACCGGCCGCGGCCUGUGCCUGCCCGGCGGCGCCCGGCGGCCGCACGAGCCGCAUGUCUGCGAGACCUCCAGAUGGUUCUUCACCGACUGCCCCCGCUGCCAAUGCAACGGGCACUCGACCUGCGACGAGAUAGAGGGAGACAGAUGCAUACAGCCCUGCGGCGCUAGAGCAGUAGGGCUGCACUGCGACACCUGCGCGCCGGGACAUUACGGCGACCCGCUCAACGGAGGCACUUGCAAACCUUGUGAAUGCAACGCGCAAGCCGUCGCGUGCGCACCAGAUACGGGCCGCUGUUUCUGCAGCACCAAAGGCUUGGCCGGCGAGCGGUGCGACAAAUGCGACAAUAGUAACCACUAUCACGCCGAUCUGUAUAACAAGGGAGCUUGCUAUUACGACCUAGCCGUAGACUACCAAUUCACCUUCAACCUAUCAAAAAAAGAAGACCGCCACCUCUCCGCCAUAAACUUCCGGAACGCGCCAGUGAAAGCAGAUGUGGACGCGGACUUUAGUAUAACGUGCUCGGCGCACGCGCGUAUGAACCUCACGGUUAGGACGCGCUCCGAGCCGGGCGAGCGGACGCUGUUCGCGCACGUCAACUGCACCAACUUUAGAUACAAACCCUUCCAUUACAGAUUCGCAAAAUCCGACCACGCGUUCGGCGUUGAAGACAACGUGACCUUAACCACGUUCUUUGUCUACGUGUAUGACUUCCGCCCGCCGCUGUGGAUACAGAUCUCAUUCUCGCAGUACCCGAAGCUGAAUCUGCAACAGUUCUUCAUCACGUUCUCGUCGUGUUUCCUACUGUUGUUGUUGGUCGCUGCGGCGCUGUGGAAGAUUAAACAGAAAUACGACUUGUACAGGAGAAGGCAGCGGCUUUUCGUGGAAAUGGAGCAGAUGGCGUCCCGGCCGUUCAGCCAAGUCUGUGUCGAGUUGGAGAAAGGAGGAGCAGGUUGUGGCGUCCCAGCCCCGGUGGCGCUGGAGCCGUGCCUGGGGUCGCGUGCGGCCGUGCUGUCGCUGCUGGUGCGGCUGCCGACGGGCGGCACGGGCCGCGCGCCGCCGCUGGGCGGGCUGGCCGUCGCCUCCGCGCUCGUCACGCUCGGCCACCACCAGGACCACAAGGCGACCACAAGGCGCGCCGCUGACCGUACGUUACAACAUACUACUACUGUCGCUGCUGGUGCGGCUGCCGACGGGCGGCACGGGCCGCGCGCCGCCGCUGGGCGGGCUGGCCGUCGCCUCCGCGCUCGUCACGCUCGGCCACCACCAGGACCACAAGGCGCGCCGCUGACCGUACGUUACAACAUACUACUACUGUCGCUGCUGGUGCGGCUGCCGACGGGCGGCACGGGCCGCGCGCCGCCGCUGGGCGGGCUGGCCGUCGCCUCCGCGCUCGUCACGCUCGGCCACCACCAGGACCACAAGGCGACCACAAGGCGCGCCGCUGACCGUACGUUACAACAUACUACUACUGUCGCUGCUGGUGCGGCUGCCGACGGGCGGCACGGGCCGCGCGCCGCCGCUGGGCGGGCUGGCCGUCGCCUCCGCGCUCGUCACGCUCGGCCACCACCAGGACCACAAGGCGCGCCGCUGACCGUACGUUACAACAUACUACUACUGUCGCUGCUGGUGCGGCUGCCGACGGGCGGCACGGGCCGCGCGCCGCCGCUGGGCGGGCUGGCCGUCGCCUCCGCGCUCGUCACGCUCGGCCACCACCAGGACCACAAGGCGACCACAAGGCGCGCCGCUGACCGUACGUUACAACAUACUACUACUGUCGCUGCUGGUGCGGCUGCCGACGGGCGGCACGGGCCGCGCGCCGCCGCUGGGCGGGCUGGCCGUCGCCUCCGCGCUCGUCACGCUCGGCCACCACCAGGACCACAAGGCGCGCCGCUGACCGUACGUUACAACAUACUACUACUGUCGCUGCUGGUGCGGCUGCCGACGGGCGGCACGGGCCGCGCGCCGCCGCUGGGCGGGCUGGCCGUCGCCUCCGCGCUCGUCACGCUCGGCCACCACCAGGACCACAAGGCGACCACAAGGCGCGCCGCUGACCGUACGUUACAACAUACUACUACUGUCGCUGCUGGUGCGGCUGCCGACGGGCGGCACGGGCCGCGCGCCGCCGCUGGGCGGGCUGGCCGUCGCCUCCGCGCUCGUCACGCUCGGCCACCACCAGGACCACAAGGCGCGCCGCUGACCGUACGUUACAACAUACUACUACUGUCGCUGCUGGUGCGGCUGCCGACGGGCGGCACGGGCCGCGCGCCGCCGCUGGGCGGGCUGGCCGUCGCCUCCGCGCUCGUCACGCUCGGCCACCACCAGGACCACAAGGCGACCACAAGGCGCGCCGCUGACCGUACGUUACAACAUACUACUACUGUCGCUGCUGGUGCGGCUGCCGACGGGCGGCACGGGCCGCGCGCCGCCGCUGGGCGGGCUGGCCGUCGCCUCCGCGCUCGUCACGCUCGGCCACCACCAGGACCACAAGGCGCGCCGCUGACCGUACGUUACAACAUACUACUACUGUCGCUGCUGGUGCGGCUGCCGACGGGCGGCACGGGCCGCGCGCCGCCGCUGGGCGGGCUGGCCGUCGCCUCCGCGCUCGUCACGCUCGGCCACCACCAGGACCACAAGGCGCGCCGCUGA